AUGGAGUACCAACGGCGAGAUAACAACAUUUCCGGCGACAAUUUCUCCUUCCCGAUCAUACAAAUCCACGCCGGCGGCAACCGAUCAGAACCCGAAUUCGAAUUUGGAAACGCCGGCAACACGCCGCAUUCUCCGAAAUCUCCGGCGGAUCACUUGUUCUCCAACGGCAAACUCUUGCCACACUCCUUCCCGGCUUUCCAACCUUCGGUUGGAACCCAAUUCGCCGGAAUAUACGGUCGGAAUAGCAGUGUCAGUAGUAGGGAUUCAAUGACGUCAUCCCGGAGUAAUAGUACGAGUAGUAACCGGAGCAGUACUAGCGUCAGCGCUAGGAAUAGUGUCAGCAGUACUGAUUCGACUGAAAUUAGGAGGAGUUUGAGGAAUGAUCGGAAGAAGAUGAUGAUGAUGAGAAAUGAUUUAGAUCUUUUUCAUAAUAAUAAUAAUAAUAGGUGUUCACAAUCACAAAGGUGGCAAUUUAUUGCUCCGAUGCCGGCGGUGGGCCGGCAAGGUUCGGGGAGGAGGAAGGAGGAUGUUGCGGCGGCGACGAAGGCCACGACGAAGGCAGCGGCGGCGACGGCGACGGAGAAGCAGAAGGUGGGUAUGGGGAAGAGAAUUUUAAAGUCGAUUGUAAAUGCAUGUAAAGAUUGCCAUGCGAUGCCAUGA